AUGAAUAUAUUAGCUACUUAUGUGCCUGAGGAUAGAGAAAAAAUGGUUUGCCAAAUGCAUAAACUUGAAAUAAUUGCGAUAGAUUUAGUCUCACUAGAAAAUAGAUAAUUUGAGUUUUUGUGUUGUAAUUGUUUAGUUGAGAAAAUGAAUAAUAAUAAUAUAUCAACAAUUGAAUAGACAUCAGAUAGAAUUUAAUCAUAUAAGUCAUAAAGAUUAAACAAAAGGAAAAAAGAUAUCUAAAUAACUUUAGAUAAUUAAAAAAUCCUACUUGUAUAAAUUAUGAAAUUCAAAAGUAAAGUUGAUGAAGCUUUGGAUAAGAUUUCUAAUGAAAUAUAAAAAUAAUUAGUAAUGAAUGAAAAAGAAUAAUAAUCUUUAAAAGAAAAUUGUUAAACUUAGUCCAAUUUCUAAGAGGAUGUUAGAUAAUUAUCUGAAUUUCUAUAAACCUAAGAAAAUUAGAUAGAAUUGUCAUAAGAUAGUAAAUUUAUUGAUGACAUCUAUAAAUAAUUUGAACUCAUUUUUUAAAAUGAAACACAUAACAAAACUAUUUAGACUUUUAAGGAUGUUGUAUGGAAUAUAAAUAAUUUAAACAAAGAAAAUAAAAUUGAAUUAAUGUCUCUGCAAACUUAAAAUAAUUAAGUAAAUAUAUUAUACAAAUAUUAAGAAAACUUUAAGUUUAAGCAAUCUUUGUCAAAAACAUAAAAAAGAAAUAAUUAUGAUUGAUAUAGAAUCCGAGAAUAAAUAAAUAGAAUAUAGAUUUGUUUGUGUAUAAUGCAUUAGUGAUAAUCCCUUGUGCUAAUAUAGAACAAUAGAAGAAGUUAAUUAAAAAUGGAAUGAAAAAAUGAAAAAAUAAGAUAUUAUUUUUAAUGAUUUAAGAUCAAAUAGGUUAAAAAAAAAAGAGAAAUUGAAUAAAAAAAUAGCUGAAAUGAGAUAAAAUUACAUAUUAUAAUUAGAUGAUAUUAGUGAAACUUUAAGAACAGGAUUUUCAGUCCCAACAACUCCAACAACAGAGGUUAAUAAAUUUAAAUAAGAUUCUAUACAAUAAUUAAGUAAGGAAGAAUUGUUUUUACAGAUUUAAAAUCUAAUUCAAUUUGAUGAAGAACAAUUAUUUUAGGAUUCAAAAAUUGAGUUUAUGAUAACUAAAGACUCUCUACUUUCUAAAGGUAUUGAAAACAAAUUAGAAUAAUUAAAAUAGCAUGAUUAAUUAGACAUUUAAGAGUCAAUAAAUAUUUUAUAGGAUUAAUCAAGUAUUAAGAAUAUUUUAAUAUUAGAUGACAACCAAAUUCAAGGUAUUUACAAACUUAUACAAAUAAUUUAAGAGGGUAAAAUAGUAAAUUAAGAAUAAUAGAUUAGAAAACAAGAAUUGGAUGAAUUUAUUAGUUCUUCAAAAUAAAUUUAUUGUUAGAUGGAAUUAUUUAAUCAAACAAUUAAAAAAUUUUAAGAUCACCAAAUCAAAAUUAAUUCCAUUAACAAUAAAAUUAAAUUAUUUCAAGAUCAUUAAAAUUUUAAAAACUUACAAAUAUAAGUACAUGAUUAUAAGGAUAAAUUUGAUAAAGAUUUUUUAAAUUUUUAGAAGUUUAGUGAAAUAGACAAAUUAGUGAAUGAUCUAGAAACUUUGAAAUAAAAUAAUAAAAAUUUGGAAUUUGAGAGUAAGAAGAUUUUUUAAUAAAUUAGGAAACUCUAUGGAGAAUAACAAAAUAAUUUAGAGUGAAAAAGAAAAUACAUUAGUUAAGAAGCUAACAGAUUUAUAAUUAGAAUUAUAAAAAUAAAAAGAUGAAUAGAAAUUGUUAAAUGAAAAUUUAUAGAGAGAAAAAAAUAAUAAUGAUCAAUGUUAAUAAAAAUAAAGAGAAUAAUAAAUAUGCCAUUAAAAUUAAAUUCAAUAAAUAAAUUAAAAGAUCUAAGAAAUUUAAUUAAGGUUUGAUAAAUUAGGAUUAAAUUUAAAACCAGAUUUACUUCAAGAUUAUUACUGGAUCACACUACUAAAAACUUUAGCUUAAAAAGUUAAUAAAGCUAUCAGAAAUUCAAUUUUGAUCUAUUAAGGCACAAGAGAUGGGUUAAAUAAUUAAUAAUAUUGGAGUAAGGUGAAUGGCAAAGGUAAUUUACUUAUGGUCUUUAAAUCUAAAAGUGAUCAUAUCUUUGGAGGAUACUCUCCUUGUAUAUGGGAAUCAUGUAGUGGGAAAUACGUAGCAGAUCAUACAUUAUCAUCUUUCAUAUUUUCAUAAUCCCAUGAUCAAAUUUAUCCUUUGAAGUAUGAUGCUAAAUAAUAUGCCAUUUAUUGUAAUUCAAAUUAUGGUCCUUCAUUUGGUAAUGGAUAUGAUAUUAAAAUAGGAAGUGACUUUGCAGAUGGUUAUUCCAAAUUAGGUAUUUCAUAUUCAUUUCCUAAUUAUAAAUAUGGUAAUUAUGAUCCAGAUUUAUUUGGAUAAAUUAAACCAGAAAUAAAAGAAUGCCAAAUAUAUGAAUUAUCAUUUGUUUGA